GGACAAACCCCACACCUUCGCGCCCGACGACCCCCAGCAGUACUUCGCCUUCCUCCAGAACCCCGCGCCCCACAAAGGAGACACUUUCUUCACCGACGCACACGAUGCCAGCCCCAGCAGCAGCAGCAGCAGCAGCAGCAGCACUGCUGCUGCAGCAGCAGACGCGGAGUGGGCGCAGCAGACCGCGCAGCCAGAGGCCCCACCACCUGAGGAAGGAGACACGCUCUUCGCCUCCGACUCCGACCACGAAGGAGACAGGGUCGUUCGAGUGCUGGGGGCGGACGCUGACCAGUGGAUGGAAGAUUAA